AUGUUUCGCUGUAAAACUUGUCACGCCAAUAUCGGCAAUACAGUUCGAAUAAACUGUGCCAUAUGUCAAGAUUUUGAUUUAUGUGUUACUUGUUUUACUUCCGGAGAAGAAUUGGAAAAACAUAAAAGUUGGCAUGAUUAUCGAGUUCUGGAGCAAUAUUCAUUCCCUUUAUUUACGGAAGAUUGGGGAGCAGACGAAGAAGAAUUAUUGAUAGAGGGUGCUGAAAUGCAUGGACUAGGUAAUUGGCAAGAUAUAGCAGAAUUUAUAGGGAGUAAAACUAAAGAAGAAUGUGAACAACAUUAUAUGGAUAUAUAUGAGAAUAGUGAAACAUGGCCAAUACCGGAUAUGGACGUAAAAUUCAAGCUUGAUGACGAAACCAUGAGAGAAAGAAAACGACGGCGUGUUUUGACGAUUGAGAAUCGACCUCAAAAUCCGCCACCCAAAGUUCUUCCAAAGCCGCUGCAAAGUUUACCAGCAAACCAUGAAAUUACCGGCUUUAUGCCGAAUCGAAAGGAAUUUGAACAUGAAUAUGAUAAUGAGGCAGAACACGUUAUUAAAGAUUUAGAAAUUAAUGAGCAAGAUCAUCCGAAGGAUACUGCAAUGGAAGAAGAGAAAUAUAAAAGUAAAGAGGAGAAAGAAUUAAUAAAUAAAAUCAAGCCAUUUGCACAAGUUCUGAGUAAACAAGAUUUUGACGAUUUAAGAGACGAAUUGCUAGAGGAACUUAACACGCGAAUAAAGAUAGAAAAAUUACAAGAGUAUCGACGAAUGGGAAUAUUGACCGAAAACGAAGCGGCCAAAUAUGAGGCAGCAAAGGCACAAAAGGAGGCAAACCGUGAACUAGCGGCCAGGCCGCAUAAUGGACAUAUUAUGUCUACGGUCUCAGCCAGCGAUCGUUUAGCAGCAAAAUAUGCGGCCAAAAUACCACCUGUUUUAGUAAGAGAGCAGCAACAACAAUCUCCGUUAUCGUCGCCAUAUGGUUGCAAAACGAUUCCAUCCUCGUCCAUCAGAAUCAAUACGCGAAAAAUUCCAGCGGCACUUGAUCUUAAUGACGUAGAAGGUGUUCAUUUGUUAUCUGAAGCUGAACGAAAAUUAUGUGAGAAUUUACGAAUAUUACCAAGGUCUUAUUUGGUAAUAAAAGAGACGAUCCUAAAAGAAUGGGCUAGAUCGGGAGGGACUCUGAGGAGACGUCAAGCACGAGAUCUUAUACGGAUUGAUGUUAACAAGACGGCCAGAAUAUAUGACUUUUUUAUAGAAAUGGGAUGGAUACGGCGGAUAUCAGAUAAUGGAUAUACAACGGGUGAAAUCGGUGGUGGAAAUGGAAAUAAUGAUGCAAAUUCCAUCGUUAUAAACGGAGGAAAAAGUGGUGGAGUCGUUAAUGGUACUUCAUCACCUAUUGUUAAUAACAUUCAUAAAAAACAUGAUUGA